CAGGCUUCCCAGCCUGCCCCGCGCUUCCCAGGCUCGGGCAGUCGCUGCAGCGGGCGCGCGUCCCCGUCCCCGGCUCGUUCCGUGCUAUGGCGGCCUACAGCAAAUACCUGACGGCGCGGAACUCUUCGCUGGCUGGGGCCGCCUUCCUAGUCCUCUGUCUGCUCCAUAAGCGGCGUCGCGCCGCCGCCGCCGCCGCCUCCCGUGCUGGAGGCCCGCAGCACGGUAAGAAAAGUGGAAAACCACCAUUACAGAGCAAUGAGAAAGAAGGAAAGAAAGAGCGGGCUGUGGUGGACAAGGUGUUCUUUUCAAGAAUUCAACGAAUUCUGAAAAUUAUGGUUCCUAGAACGUUCUGUAAAGAGACAGGUUACUUGAUACUUAUUGCUGUUAUGCUGGUUUCUCGCACAUACUGUGAUGUUUGGAUGAUUCAAAAUGGGACACUUAUUGAAAGUGGAAUUAUAAGCAGAAAUAAGAUAUCAUUCAAGAAACAGUUUGUAAAGUUUAUAGCUGCCACUCCAAUGAUCUCUUUGGUGAAUAACUUUUUGAAGUUUGGGUUAAAUGAACUUAAGCUGUGCUUCCGAGUAAGACUCACUAAAUACCUCUAUGAGGAAUAUCUCCAAGCUUUCACUUAUUAUAAAAUGGGAAAUCUGGAUAAUAGAAUAGCUAAUCCAGACCAGCUGCUUACACAGGAUGUGGAAAAGUUUUGUAACAGUGUAGUAGAUCUCUACUCAAACCUUAGUAAGCCAUUUUUAGAUAUAGUUUUGUAUAUCUUCAAGUUAACAAGUGCAAUUGGAGCUCAGGGACCGGCUAGUAUGAUGGCCUAUUUGGUUGUCUCAGGCUUUUUCCUGACCCGCCUCAGGAGACCCAUUGGUAAGAUGACAAUAACUGAACAAAAAUAUGAAGGAGAAUAUAGAUAUGUCAAUUCUCGGCUCAUCACAAACAGUGAAGAAAUUGCCUUUUACAAUGGGAAUAAAAAAGAAAAGCAAACAAUUCAUUCAGUCUUCCGUAAACUGGUGGAACACUUACAUAAUUUCAUCUUAUUUCGAUUCUCCAUGGGAUUUGUUGAUAGCAUUAUUGCCAAAUAUUUUGCCACUGUGGUUGGUUACCUGGUUGUUAGUCGUCCUUUCCUGGACUUAUCACACCCUCGACAUCUUAAGAGUACGCAUUCAGAACUUUUGGAGGAUUACUACCAAAGUGGAAGAAUGCUUCUGAGAAUGUCUCAAGCUCUGGGCAGAAUAGUCUUGGCUGGUCGUGAAAUGACCAGAUUAGCUGGUUUCACAGCUCGGAUUACAGAAUUAAUGCAAGUACUGAAGGACUUGAAUAAUGGCAAAUAUGAACGCACAAUGGUAUCUCAGCAAGAGAAAGGUACUGAAGGAGCUCAAGUCAUUCCCUUGAUCCCUGGUGUAGGAGAAAUCAUCAAUUUAGAUAAUGUUAUUAAGUUUGAUCAUGUUCCUUUAGCAACACCAAAUGGAGAUAUCUUGAUUCGUGAUCUUAACUUUGAAGUUCGAUCUGGAGCAAAUGUUUUGAUUUGUGGUCCAAAUGGAUGUGGAAAAAGUUCACUUUUUCGUGUUCUUGGUGAACUGUGGCCUCUCUUUGGUGGGCGUCUGACUAAACCUGAAAGAGGAAAACUGUUUUAUGUGCCCCAGAGACCUUAUAUGACGCUUGGAACACUUCGAGACCAAGUGAUUUAUCCAGAUGGGAAAGAGGACCAGAAAAGGAAGGGGAUAUCUGAUCAGGUGCUGAAGGAAUACUUAGAUAAUGUCCAGUUGGGUCACAUCUUGGAACGGGAAGGAGGCUGGGACAGUGUUCAGGACUGGAUGGAUGUACUCAGUGGUGGAGAAAAACAAAGAAUGGCGAUGGCAAGAUUAUUUUACCAUAAACCCCAGUUUGCCAUUUUAGAUGAAUGUACUAGUGCUGUUAGUGUUGAUGUAGAAGGCUACAUUUACAGUCAUUGCCGGAAGGUUGGUAUCACUCUUUUCACUGUAUCUCAUAGAAAAUCCCUCUGGAAACACCAUGAGUAUUAUCUGCAAAUGGAUGGGAGAGGCAAUUAUGAGUUCAAGCAGAUAACUGAAGACACAGUUGAGUUUGGCUCGUAAAAUUUGAAGAAUUAGAGCUGCUUUCUUGAAAUAGGUUCAGAGCACCCAUGGAAAUACAAAGUACCUUGUAAAAUAAAGUUAUUAAGCUUGUUUAAAAACAAUUAACUCUAGGUAUAGAAUAAUCCAAAACAAGCGAUUAAAAAACAUUUAAUAUUA